CAGCAUACCUUUAUGUGACUGACACUUCUGUCUGACCCAGGAUAUUGCCCUGGGUGGCAUAAUCUCUCAUCCCUGUGCUUGUAUAAGGAACACAAAGACAUUUCAGAAUCCUGCCAACGCAGCUCAGAACAGAGUUGGGAAUUUCUUUUAGGCCACGAGUGACGGACCUGAAAAGAACUCCUUCCUAAGAUGGUGACUCAGCAAACAGGUCUAGAUACAAAUUCACUUAUGAAUAAUGAGACACAUAAAAGUUGUUUGCCUUCUCUCCAAGAGCAGCCCCAAUGUCUGCAGGGUCUUCUGGAGCCAAGCCCACUGAUGACAAUUAAAGUCCAGGAAUUCCACCCUGAAGCAGAUGUAAACACCUAUCCUCUCUUACGUCUAGGGAUCAUCAUUUUUAUUAUUUUCCUGUGCAAAAACGAAUAUGGUAAUAGUGGUGAACUUAGGAAAGAAAAUGGUGACCUUAGGAAAGAAAAUGGUGACCUUAGGAAAGAAAAUGGUGAACUUAGGAAAGAAAAUGGUGAACUUAGGAAAGAAAAUGGAAAAUUUCAAAUGGAAAUUGAUCAAAGAAGAACCCAAUUUAGGAAUGGCUGGCAGAAGGCAUCAUUGUACCCUGACUGGAGGAAAGAAUUUUUCCAGGCUGUGAAUGUUAUUCUGGAUCCAGCCACAGCCCAUGCUGCCCUCGUCUUGUCUGAAGGCAACAAAUGUGUAACCUGUGGAGAGGAAUCUCAAGAUCUACCUAAAGAUCCACAGAGAUUGAAUUCCCUUCCCUGUGUUCUGGGUCACUCAGUAUUCACCUCAGGGAGGUGGUACUGGGAAGUAGAUGUCAGAGACAGUGGAGCCUGGGACCUGGGAAUAUGCAGGUCUAAUGCAAUGAGGCAGGGGAAGAUUUGUGUGAAACCUGAGAAUGGUUUCUGGGCCAUCAGGUCUUACAAGGAUGAGUACUGGGUACUCACUUCUCCAGAAAUGCAGCUUACUCUAAAAGAGCACCCUACCAGAGUGUGUAUUUUCUUAGACUACGAAGGUGGAUGUAUCUCAUUCUACAAUAUGACAGAUAAAUCCCACAUUUACACCUUCUCUCAAGGCCCUUUUAAUGUGUCUCUAAGGCCUUUUUUCAGGCUUUGGCUUGGUUAUUCAAAGAGUUUGACCAUCUGUCCAGUGCCCAAUGCAUAAUCCUUACUGUGGUCCCUCUCCUGUAUUAGGAGCAUCCUACGACCUGCAGGUCAGUGUAGAUUGAAGCAUGAGGUCAUGACAUGAAUUCUCCUAUACCAAAAGCAAAUCAUUUUUUUUAAUCUUCUUUCUGGUUCUCCCUAACAUUUUAUCUCCUUCAUAAAUGACUCUCCAAAGGCAUGGGACGGCGUGUUAAAGUAUGUUACUUAUGCUAUGUUUAAAGAAAAAAAAUAUAUAUAU